UAAAAAAUAUGUGGUAUUUAUUUACAUAAUAUAUAACAAUAAAUAAAAAACAUUAAUAUUAAUUGUUACCUAUAAUGAAUAGAUGAUUGUUCUGUGGAUAAGUCAUAAGUUGCGAUGGAACUUGGAAUAGGGUUUAAACUAAACUUUAAACACGGACAACGGACUUAGAUCUUAGUCCGUGGUAUAUCGUAUAUGAAUUAUAUAUAUACAUCCGUGAUUUAAAGUAAAACCGUGGUAAGAUCGAAACGUCAUAGAUAAGGUAAGUGCAUAGAUAAGAAUAUGAUUAUAUAUUUUUAUUCAGAUAAACAACAAAUCUUAUCAUUACAACUUUCAGUAUAAAAGACAACUAUUGUGGUUGAAAAUUAAUUUUUUUACAAUUCAAUAUUUUAAAUCUAGUCUAAACUCAUCGUAAGAUUUAAUAUUAUUAAAGAUGUUUAUCUAAUUUGUGUUCAUUGUCAUUUGUCAGGUUUGAUAAAUGUUGACCUAUUCAUAGUUGUAUCUUCAUGCUCCAAGACUGAGUUUUUGUAACUACUUAUAAAAUUAGUAAUAAUGGAAAUUAAUAACAAACAAAGUAUUCCAAGUAUUCCUUGUACCAUAUUAGAAAAAUAUCAUGACAGUAUUGUCCAGGACAUUCAAGGAGAUGUGAUUAUGGUCUUAUUAAAAAAACAAGUGUUAACAGAAAAUGAAUAUCGUAAUAUUAAAUCUGAGAGAAACCGCGAGAAGGAGGCUGGUCGUUUACUUGAAUUAUUGCCAUCUAAAGGUCAGGAUGGUAUAAAUCAGUUCCUAAACUAUUUGUCAACACAUUAUUCAUGGAUAGCUGAUCUCUUACAACAUUCCAUAACAAAUAAAUAUAAUUGCAUGUUUUCAAAUAAAAUACAGGAGAUUUUAACUGCUGGUGAAGUACCUCAAUUAUCUUCAAGACAUGUAUCACGAGUUGAACAUGUUAAUACAUUGAAGAAACUAUUAAGAGAGUUAGAAGCAAAUAAUUUUAUUGUUGUAAAUGGUAUGACUGGCUGUGGAAAAUCUAGUCUAGUUAUUGAUGUAUUAAAUGAUCCUUUCAUCACAAUGCAAUACUUUCAGGGAUUUGUGCAAUGGAUUAAUGUUGGACGAGAAAAUUCAUCACAUGCUGAAUGUAUUCAAACUGAAAUACUUAAUAGAUUAAAUAACCAAGAACAGCUUAUUACACCUCCUUUAGUUAUAGAUUAUGAAGCUACAAGAAAAAAAAUUCGACAAUUAUGGAAACAAAAACAAUUAACUGGUCUAUUGAUUUUGGAUGAUGUAUGCAGUAAUGAAAUAGUGAAAUUCCUGGAUAUUGGGUGUAAAAUACUUAUAACAACAAAUGAUACUAGCAUUAUGGAUGGUAUAAUUGAUACUCGAGUAAAAUAUUUUAAAGUAAAUGAAGGAUUUGAAGAAAAGGAGACUUUAAAUUUAUUUUCAAAAUGUUUAAAUGUUGAUUUAAAAUCUUUACCAUCCCAUGCGUCAAAACUUCAUAGUAUAUGCAAAGGAUUUCCAUUAACCAUUUCACUCAUUGCUACACAACUUGAAAUGCAUAGAGAAGAAGCCAUUAAUAAUACUGAUCGAUGGGAAUUUUAUUUGAAUAAGUUAUCAGAUAAAACUAGUAAACCUUUUAAAUAUACACCUUAUAACCAAAAUCAGUUAAAAAGUCUCGAAAAAGCAAUAGCAAUGUGUAUAAAAAGUUUACCAAAUGACCUUCAAAAGAAUUAUCGAGAUUUUUCUUUGUUUGUAGAUGAUUUAAAUAUUAAACCAGAAGUUUUAUCUAUUUUGUGGAAUAUAAAAACAACUGAAGUUACAGAUAUUAUGUCAGAAUUAAUGCGAAAGAGUUUAGUAGUUAGAGUUUGGAAUCAACCUUUAAAUAGUUAUGUUUAUUCAAUACAUGAUUUACUAUUAAGUAAUUUAAAAAGCAUGAUGAAUCAUCAAGAACAUAAGGAGUUGCAUAAAAAAUGUAUUGAUCGUUAUAGAGAUUAUUGCAGUGGAAAUUUUGCCAAUCUUCCAAAAAAUGAUAAUUAUAUAUUUUUAUAUUUUGGAUAUCAUCUUAAAAACGCUGAUAUGCUAGAAGAAUUUCCUCGGUGGUUUUUAAAUUUAAGGUUUAUUGAAUCAAAAAUAUGUGCAACUGGUCCUGCUGAUUUAUUAGCAGAUUUGAAAAAAUACAAAGUAUAUAUUGUUGUAAAGAGUAUUCAUGAGGAAUAUAUUAAAGAGAUUGAAAAUUUUGUUAAACGUUAUGGACCUAAUUUAUAUCGAACUAAGUGCGAUAUUGUUCAGUUGGGUCUUCAAGAACCAGAAACUUCUUUUAUAUACAAUGAAUCAUAUAAACUUGCAAAAGCUAGUAGGCAAUUAUAUUUUUACUAUGAUAUUCGACCUUCUCAAAAUUGUCAUCCAGAACCUCAUAUAUCUAUUGUCAGAGAUAAAAUUGAGACAGUUAUUUUUGGAAAUCAGCAUGAUGAGGUUUUAAUUGCUACCUAUAGUGGAAGUAUAAAAUUAUGGAAUAUUAUUUCUGAUAGAUGUUUAUAUACUUAUAAUGGUCAUACCAAAAGAGUUACUCAUUUGGUUAAGAAUAAAUUGAAAAAUCUUUUUUUGUCAACAUCUGAUGAUUCAACAAUACGUAUUUGGAAAAUGAACAGUUUUCCUGAAUUUGAAAAUUCUCAAACACGUACACCAUCACCUGAAACUAGACAAGAACAUUGGCAGAAUGUUUUCCGUCAAGAUUUUAAGAAACCUUCUGAAAAUACAAAUACUGAUUGUAUUUUCGUGUUGGAACAUGAUUCUCCUGUUAUUUUUGCACAAUUUUCUCCAAAUGAUAGACUAGUUGUUUCUUCCUCUACUGACAAAACAUUAAAGAUUUGGAAAUUGAAAGAUGGCAAACUUCAAAAAUCAAUUGUGCAAACUAAUAUCGUCAAUAGAUGUUAUUUUGUGGAAGAUAUGUCAUGUGAUAGAAUACUAUUUUCAACAAUUGGUCCAAUGAGAUGUGGUAUUUAUGGAUGUGAAUUUCCUUUUGACCAUUGUACUGGAUUAUUGUAUUUUAAAGAAAAAUUGUUAUCAUUUUUCCAUCUAUCUAACUCAGAAGGACAUGAUAAAAUUAUGGUUAUGACACCAAAUUUAUUGCAAAUUUACGACUUUAACUUGGAAAAUGAACAGAAAACUGAACCACCAAUAGUCUAUCCACAACCAAUAGGCUACCGGCAAUACAAAUUGAUUUCUAUUUCUGAGGAAAAUACAAACAAUUUCUCCCGGUAUACAGCUUUUAGUUUAAGUAAUAGUACAAUAAAAAUUUGUGAUUUAUCCAAUGGGUACAAUUUUCUGGAUUUGUAUAAUUCUAAUGAAGGUAUAUCAAACUUAGACUGGUUUUGGUCUAAAACAGAUCAGAGUUAUUGGUUACUUAGUGCUGCUAACAAGUCUAUUAGAUUGUGGUGUCUAAAGGAUAUUAAACAAUAUGCUUGUGCUCAUAGAACAAUUUCAACAAAUCAAUCCAACAGUGAUAUUGAAAAUAUGUGUAAAAAUGAAAUGUUAUCUCUUCAAAAUUAUAAAUUAUUUUCUGAAGAACAAAAUUUAUAUUGUUAUAAGCUUCAACGAAAUUUUGAUGCUGUAUGGCUGAAUAAUGAUUCUGUAUUAGUUGCAGCUGUUACUAAAUGUGGGACAUUAAAGAUACUAUUUGAAGGCUUGGAUCAAUGGUCAAUGAUUAAUGAAAGUGUUUUAGCUUUGACAAUAGUACAUCCACAUCUGUUUUUUGAUCAAACAAUGAUAAUAGUUGCAUGUAAAAAUUUAUCUGUGUAUUGUAUGAAAUUGCAUACAGCAGAAUAUUUAUUUAAAACUUCACAAAUGGUGGAUCAUAUUUAUGCUUGUUUUGACCGUGAUAAUUUGACUAUAGCAUUUUUACUAAAACAAUGUAUAAAAGUAAAUGAAAACAAAAUUAAUCAAGUGAUGGAGAUUUGGUGGAAUAAAAAGAAAUAUGAAGUGUUGGUUCAUGAUUUUAUUAAUUGUUUUUUGUUUCACGAUAAAGUUAUCUUGCUGUACAAUGUUCAUGGAAUUUAUAUAUUAAAUCUACGUGAUGAAUCUAGAAUAAAAUUGGAAAUUAAUUGUAUUAAAAUUAAUGGAAGCUUGAUGCUUGAUUCAUCAAAAUUAGCUGUGGUUGACAAUGGCAAUUAUUUGAAAAUCUAUCAAUUAACUUUUGAUUUUCGUUUAAAUCUAAUUGAUCAGUAUGAAUUACCAUUCUUAGAACACGAAGUCACACCCAUUAGUAUAUCUAACAACAAGAAAUUAAUUGCUAUUGGUGGACAAAAAUAUAUUGUUUUUAUUGACAACAUAUUAAAAACUAUAAAAAAAUGUGAGUAUCCAAAUGUGAAUAAUAUACAAUCAAUGAUUUGGUCAUCAGAUGAUUUACGGAUAGCAAUAAAAGAAGACAAUCAAAUAAUUACACUUGAUGUUGAGUCUGGUAAAAUAUUAGCAAGUGUGAGAUUAACAGUUGAUAAGUUUUUUGCUAAUUCUGUACUAAAUAAAUAUAUUGCAGUAAAUACCACUGGACAGUUAGUAAAGUUGAAUUUAUUUAAUGAUAGUUAGGACAAAUAAUUAGACUUUCAUUAUUAAAGUAUUAUUUAGUGUUAUUGUAUACACAUAACAGAAAAAAGACAUAACAUUAAAUGUGUGUUAUAUUUACCUAUAUUGUUUUACUUAGACUCAAAGUGGUGCUAUAAAUGUGUACAAUUAGAUAAUACACUAAUACAUAAUCUUAAAUUAUAAUUAUUAUAUAACUUUUUAUUAAAUUUAAUGAUUUGGUUUUCAACAGUUUUUCUAUUAUUUUGAUAGAACAGUUUUUAAAAUAUUUCUAUAUAUUUUUUUCCGAAUAGCUUUUAUUUAAUCACAAACAUAUUAAAUUAUAUAUAAAAUAAUAAUCAUUAUAGUGUUUCAGAAGAAUUUUCAAUUUUGAAUAUAAGUUACCUUAAAAGCAGUUAAAAGACAAUUAUAAAAUAUUAUUUGUAAUUAUUUAAUUGACUGAUCUAAGCAACUUUUUCUAUAACUUUAUCUAACAUAUAAGAAAACAAUUAAAUUAUAAAAUAUCUACCAAUAUUACCUUUUUUUAUUGUUAACAUCACACUUGCUAAUUGUUAUGUACUUAUUUAGGCAUUUAAAACUUUAAAAGUACAAAAUAAGUAGUACAAUUGAAAUAGUUUAUUAAUGUAAACUUCAAAUAUAUAUUUUAUAAUAGACACUUUUUUAUUUUAACAUUAAGUAUUUCAUUUUUAUACUUAAUUAUGUUUGUAACCAAUGAUCUUUAAAUGCAUUUAUAUGUCUACGAACAAAUUAUGAUUGUUUAAAAACAAUUUAAAAGUACAAAUUUUAAGUACAUUUAGAAAAUGUGAUAUUUUUAUUAAUAUUUUUAACUAGUAUUGACUAUUAUAUAGAAAAAAACUAUAUUUUAUUCCAGGCUAAAGCUUAUUGUUGAAUAAUAAUUUUGAUACUUUUUGUAGUGUAAUUAUUUAUAUUUUGUAACAUUGUUAAGUGUCUUACAAAGGUGUACUUAUUUAACAUGACUGGGAAUUAAGUUUUCUUUUUAUAUCCCAUCAUUUUUAAAUUAGUGAAUGUUUGUCAGACAUAGCUAUAAGUUUAUAACUUAUAAUAUGAUAGACAAUAUCUAGUGUUUAUUGACUAAUGAUUAUCUUGUUCAAUAUAAUUUUACAAAUGAAACUUUUUUGUACCUUUUGUAUUUAUAGUAUUUUAUUAUAUUAUGGAUAAGUAUGUCUAUACUUUCAUUUUUAUUGUUAAAAUUGAAUUAUAAUUGAAAAAUA